GCGGGCCCGCCCCGGCCGCCGUCGUCGCAACUAGGGCGUUUUUGCGUGGUCGGGUCGCGGUCUGGUCCAGGGUCCCAACCUGAUUCGUUCACUGCCCGCAAGGCAAUUUUUUCGCCAGGCGUCGAACGGGGGCUCGUUCGACGCGUCGCAGCCCCCCAAUGACCGUUGCGUGGGCGGCCCGACCCACUAGCUUGCGUUUGACGACGGGCGCCGCAUCUAUCUUUUGUGCUCGCGCCGCCCUCGGCCAGUGCAUGCAAAAGAGUGCGUGUUUUACGAGUGAGCCGCCGCGUCUUGAACUGCAAAAAACGGCGUGCGCGCAGGAAACUGCAUAAAGAACGACCACGGAUGCCCGCUGCGGCCGCCUCGCCGAGGACGGCGAAUUCGCUGGAGAGAAGCUACCGCAGCCGGCAUAGAUUCGCGCGCGCGCGCAGGCUAACAGCGAAGAAAUAAACCGACAGCAAGCAUGGCCGACAAGAAGCCCGCCGGCCCCCCGGAAGUGAUUGUGAAUGCCGCCGCGGGAUGUGCGACCCGGCGUCCGGCGAGAACGCAUCCAUUACUAGUCUUCUUCACUCCACCGACGCCGCGCCGCGCCUACGGGAAGCGCCGCGACGCCGCCGCGCCGCGCGCCGCGCGUAUCGAAGGCGCCGCGCCACCGACCCCGCCGCCGCGCGGCCGCGCCGCGCCGACCACCCGCGCCACAAACACCUUCAUGCACGCAGGCAAAGACGCCGCAUCGACCGCGAAGGCGCUCGAGAAGGCCUUCGGCACGUCCGACGCCGACGGCUGCUGGCUCCUAAGCCUCGUCGCGUCCGACGCGACGGCCCCCUGGUCCAUGACCUACUACGGCAAGGUCUUGGACGGCCUCGGCUCGAAGAAGGGCCCCAUCAAGGCCGCCGCGAAAGCUGCCUGGGCGAAGGUCGUCCCGACGCUCCAGCCCGAGGCGGCGCCCCUCGAGAUGAAGGCCCUCUACGGCGCGAUGGGCGUGGAAAAGCAGUGGCCCUGCCGCGUCGCGGCGCUCGAGCGAGUCGCCCAGCUCUGCUCGACGGCUCCUAAACAAACUGCGGCGUGCCUCCCGACCCUAGUCCCGGAACUGACCCCCUCGCUCUGGGACACGAAGAAGGAGGUGAAGGCCGCCGCGAAAGCUGCGGUGACCGCGGCCUUCGGCCUCUCGGGCAACCGCGACGUCGAGCCGGUCAUCCCCAAGCUCGUGUCGAGCGCCUCGAACCCCAAGGAGGUCGAGGCGACGGUCCACGCGUUGGCCGCGACGACGUUCGUCCAGAGCGUCGACUCGCCCACCCUCGCGGUGGUCGUGCCGCUGCUGUCGCGCGCGUUGGGCGAACGGGGCCCCAAGGCCACGGCCCUGAAGCGCCAGGCCGCGCUCAUCAUCUGCAACAUGAGCAAGCUCGUCGACGACGCCCGCGACGCGGCGCCCUUCCUGCCGAAGCUGCUCCCGGGCCUCGUGAAGCUGGCGGACGAGAUGAGCGACCCCGAGGCCCGCGAGGUCUGCGAGAAGAGCGUGCAGCUCAUGCAGCGCCUCGAGAAGAAGAUCAGCGAGAUGGCGUCUUCGACGGAGGUCCAGGACGCGGUCGAGAAGACGCUGACGGAGAAGCUCAAGGGGAAGGACGCGGCCGCGGUCGCGUAUGCUAUCGGCGUCUGCAGCGCGCUCGCCGCGCGGCGCUCGUUCAUGAGCAAGGACUGGGCCAAGGCCUGCGCGUUCGCUGGUGAUGAAUCGGCCGGCGGUGCCGCUUUGGAGGCGGCCCGCUCCCUCUCCGUCGUCGAGGAGGAGGAGGAAGAAGACGACGACGCCGAGCAGCUCUGCGACUGCACGUUCACGCUCGCCUACGGUACGAAGAUCCUGCUCCACAACACGCAGAUGAAAUUGAAGAGAGGCCACAAGUACGGCUUGUUGGGAGGCAACGACUGCGGCAAGACGACGCUCAUGCGGUCCAUCAGCAACGGGCAGCUCGAGGGCUUCCCGCCCGCGGACGAGGUCAAGACGGUGUUUGUGGAGGCCGACAUCCUCGGCGAGUUGAGUCAUUACGCGUGCAUCGACUACAUCUUCAACGACCCGUGCGUUUCCCGUGUCUGAGUCGCCGGGGCGCGUCGAUGGCGUCGCGGCGCGUCGUCGAGCUCCCCACGCCAUCGUCAUGAAGUGUAGAGCAUCUCGCGACCCUCGACGCACGCAGGCGCAUCCAGGCCUGCGGCUCCACGAAGGACGAGGUCGCCAAGAUGAUGGAGAAGGUCGGCUUCUCCAAGAAGAUGAUGACCGACCCCGUCACCACUCUCUCGGGCGGCUGGCGCAUGAAAUUGGCCCUGUCGCGCGCGAUGCUCCAGAACGCGGACAUUUUGCUCAUGGACGAGCCGACGAACCACUUGGAUGUGAUGAACGUCAAGUGGGUCAAGGACUACAUCAAGUCGCUGACGAACGUCACGUGCAUCAUGGUCUCGCACGACUCGGGCUUGUUAAAUGACGUCUGCAACCACAUCCUCGAAAUUGCCGACCUCAAGCUGUCCUGCUUCAAGGGCAACCUCGCGGCCUUCGUGAAGGUCCGGCCCGAGGCGCGCGCCUACUUCGAGCUCAAGUCGAACAAACUCAAGUUCCACUUCCCGAAGCCGGGGCCGAUCGAAGGUGAGUCAGCGUGAAAAAUGAACUUGAACUUGCUGGAAUCGCGUCGACACGUCGUCUGUCGCGUCGACGCCGUCGACGCGGCCGCUGGGGGAGUUUUCUGGCAGUUUCGUGACAUUCCCGGCACAGGCGUGAAGUCGAAGGGCAAGGCCCUCAUCAAGGUCGUCGACGUCUCCUUCAAGUACCCGCGCAACGACAAGGUCACCAUCGAGAAGGCGACGGUCCAGGUGUCGCUGUCCUCUCGUGUCGCGUGCAUCGGCCCGAACGGCGCGGGCAAGUCGACGCUCAUCAAGUGCCUCACGGGCGAGGUCCAGCCGACGACGGGGACCGUCUGGCAGCACCCGAACGCGCGCAUCGGCUACAUCGCGCAGCACGCGUUCCACCACAUCGAGCAGCGCGUUUCCCGAGUCCCGUCUUUUUCGCGACCGAGCACCCACACCACAUUCAUGACGCUACGACGCGAUUUGAUCUCCUCAUUGCGCCUGCUCGACGGCGUGGAGGUUGACGGAGGUCUGUCGUGAAAUACAUAUACACAUUUACCCCCCUAUCCUUAUACAUACAUACACAUAACAUACAUACAUAUAGGCACAUGGACAAGACGCCGAACGAGUACAUCCGGUGGCGCUACGCCGGCGGCGAGGACCGCGAGGCCAUCGCCAAGGACACGAUGAAGAUCUCCGACGCCGAGCUCGAGCUCCAGAAGACGGUCAUCGACUUCGUCUACACCGAUCCUGAUACGGCGAAGACCACGAAAACCAAAAGGGUCAUCAAGCGGCUGACCGGCGAGCGCAAGACGAACAAGUCGACCAAAGAAAACGACUACGAGGUCCAGUUCAAGGCGCCCCACGAUUCGGAUGAUUGCAAGCACUUCUACGGCUACAAGAAGCUCGUCAAGUGGGGCUGGGACAAGGCCUGCAAGAAGGUCGACGUGAAAGUAGCGCAAGCGGCCUCGGGCAUGUUCCGGCCGCUCACGUCGUCGAACGUCGAGUCGCACCUCAAGAACGUGGGCCUCGACGCGGAGUUCGCGACGCACCACCGCAUCUCGGCGUUGAGCGGCGGCCAGAAGGUCAAGGUCGUGCUCGGCGCGGCCAUGUGGAUGCAGCCGCAUUUAGUCAUCCUGGACGAGCCCACGAACUAUUUAGACAGAGAGUCUCUAGGAGCGUUAGCUGAUGCCAUCAGAGAGUUCGAAGGUGGAGUGGUGAUCAUCAGCCACAACAACGACUUCACGACCGCUUUGUGUCCCGAGACGUGGGUCGUCGAGAAGGACGAGGAUGAAAUCAGCAGACCCAAUUGUAGAGGCGACCCCGAGUGGAUGAAGAACGCCUUGGCCACGAAGUGCGACGACCAGCAGGCCAUCACGGAAGUCACCGACGCCUACGGCAACGUCACGGAGAUCAAGGCCAAGAAAACUCUGACCAAAAAGGAGAUCAAGAAGAUGACGAAGGAGAUCAAGGCGAAGAUCAAGUCCGGCGCCGAGCUCGACGAAGAUGAAGAAGCGUUCGCCGAGGAGCACGAGCUCUGGAAGUAG